AUCUCCCCUCUGUCUCUCCCUGCCGAAGACCGUAGCGCAGUUUUCCAGCUCUCUCCUCACUAAAAGUCCGCACCGACUCCAGGACAGUUGAUCGCAGGGAAUAUAAUCCAAAAGGAAUAAAGGCAGCAGAGGGAGAGGGUGGAGGAGGAGGAGUAGCAGUCCCUUCGACAUAAACCGUGACCGUUAUCCAGGGAAGAGGGGUCUCCCCAAAACCUGAGCCAUGAGUCGCAGCAUCGUGCGGCAGAGCAAGUUUCGUCACGUCUUCGGCCAGACGGUAAAGGCUGAGCAGGGUUACGAUGACAUUCGUGUGUCCAAGGUGACAUGGGACAGCUCCUUCUGCGCCGUCAAUCCAAAGUUCUUGGCAGUCAUCGUUGAAUCCAGCGGAGGAGGAGCGUUUCUGGUCCUGCCCCUUUCUAAGACAGGUCGUGUGGAUAAGAACUACCCACUGGUGAUCGGUCACUCUGGACCUGUCCUCGAUAUCGAUUGGUGCCCUCAUGACGACAAUAUCCUGGCCAGCUGUUCGGAGGACUGCACUGCAAUGGUGUGGCAGAUUCCAGAUCACACUUUGACCCGCCCCCUGUCGGACCCGGUGGUGGUCUUGGAGGGACACUCCAAGCGAGUCGGCAUUGUCAGCUGGCACCCCACCGCACGCAACAUACUACUCACUGCAGGCAGUGACAACCUGAUAAUUAUCUGGAACGUGGGGACAGGUGAACCCCUCAUCUCCAUGGACGACCAUCCAGACCUCAUCUACAGCGUCAGCUGGAACCGUAACGGCAGCUUGUUUUGCACCACCUGUAAGGAUCGACGUCUGCGUGUCUGUGAUCCCCGCAAAAGAGAAGUGGUGGCGGAACGUCUGGCUCCACAUGAGGGCAUCAGGCCAAUGAGAGCAAUCUUCACCAGAGAUGGAAACAUCUUCACUACAGGAUUCACCAGGAUGAGUCAAAGAGAGCUCGGCCUCUGGGACCCGACCAAUUUUGAGGAACCUAUUGCACUUUUGGAGUUGGACACAAGUAAUGGAGUAUUGUUACCUUAUUAUGAUCCAGAUGCAAAUAUGGUCUACCUCUGUGGAAAGGGGGACAGCAGUGUCCGCUACUUUGAGAUCACAGAGGAACCACCGUAUGUUCACUACCUCAACACCUUCAGCAGCAAGGAGCCCCAGAGAGGGAUGGGCUUCAUGCCCAAAAGAGGUGUUGAUGUCAGCAAAUGUGAGAUUGCCAGGUUGUAUAAGCUGCUUGACAAGAAAUGUGAGCCAAUCACAAUGACAGUGCCCAGAAAAUCGGACCUCUUUCAAGAUGAUCUGUACCCAGACACAGCAGGACCCGAGCCCGCCAUGGAACCCGAGGAGUGGCUUGAUGGGCGAGAUGAAGAUCCCAUCCUGGUGUCCAUGAGGCAGGGCUACGUGCCGCCGAAGAGCAGAGAGCUCAAAGUGGUGAAGAAGAACGUCCUGGACUCCAGACCCACCACCCGACGCAGCAUGUCCACUUUGGACACCAACAGCCUGCCGCCUCAGCUGCUUGAGAGGUUGCUGGAAGAGAUUCAGAAUCUGAAGGCCACAGUGUUGUCUCAGGAGAAGAGAAUCUGUGACCUGGAGAAUAAGCUUUCCCAGUACACCAAUGGCACUGCCUGAUGUGCAUGUAAACAUGGUCUGAAGAACUGGUCUGAAUAUUACUAACGAAGAUUCACUCUUGUGAAUGCUCUAUGAAUGUGUACAAGUGAGCAUCUGACAGAUUUGAGGAAAUUACAUCCGUACCCGUUCGGCGGUUGAUUCUAUAAAAUCUUUAUCCCGGUUUUACCUUUAAUUCUACUGCAGGAUAUUUUUGGCAUAGUCACAAUUUUACAUAGAAAAAGAGGGAGGUGAGGUUUGUGUGAGGGCACUGUAAGUUUGAGAGUGUAAGGUGGGUUAAAGGGAUAAAAAAGGUUUCUAUUAGAGAAAAAAGAAAAUGUAGAAAACUGGUUUAAAAAAUGCAAGAGCAAGACUUACUGCUUGAAAUGCAACCCGGUUAGUGUUUAUAAUUUGCUUCUAUUAAAAAAAAUAAAAAAUACAGGCCCGCUUGAAACCUGCCCACACAUCCUCUCACUGCAUGUGGAGUCACGCUUACGGCUUUGGAGGGUCUCAUAGUUAAGAAGAAACAUUAACAGAGACAUUUUCCCUCAAAUCAGGAUCUGGAUUGAUUAAUACAGUCAUCACAUAGAGUGAAUUAAGAUGACUCCUCAGCUGGUCUAAGCUGCCUGUUCUGAUUCAGCUGCAGAAAUUAAAACAACCUUUCUUAAUACAUUUUUUUGGUUUUACUUAGACGUCUGUGAAAAUAACUCAAAACUGACUACAACAACAACAAAAAAAAAACAACUUGAAAUUUUAAGUUAGCAAGUCAAAUAUCUUUAGAUAAUAACCCCAAUUCUUGACUAACACAUGGCAAAAAAGGUUGGUUUUUUUUUUUUUAAAUUUAAGGAAAAAAAAAAAAAAACAGCAGCAGAAACAGGCUUCCAUACUUACUAGGUUUAAAAAAAAAUCAUCUUUAUAACAUAGAAAUACUAGUAAAGUUUAUAUACAAAGCACUUUUUGAGGCCAAAGUGUUUUACAGGAAGCUUCAGAUAAGUCAGGAAAAAAGUUAAAAACAUGAAAAGCACAAAUAAACAUUACUUUAGAAGAUCCUUUUUUGAAGCUUGAAUUCACGUUCAUUCAUUUAUUUGUGUUUGCUGUGCUACGCACAUGCUAAGACCUUCAAAUGCUGUAUUACAGAGCUAGUUCAUCUCAAACCACAGAACUUAUAGUAUUUAUGGGGAUUUGUUUCCUGUUUCCUACACAAAACACGUGCUGACCUGUGAUCGUUGUGCACUCAUGUCGAGGGCCUCGUGACCUCACCAAAACUAAAUCUGUUUAGAAA